AAGGUCUGCGCCAAGCAGCUCAACGAGGACUGCAGCAAGGCGCAGCCGUGCGACCACACCAAGGGGCUGGAGUGCAACUUCGGCGCCAGCUCCCGCGCUCCGAAGGGGAUCUGCAGAGCUCAGUCCGAGGGCAGACCUUGUGAAUACAACUCCAGAAUCUACCAGAACGGGGAAAGCUUCCAGCCCAACUGUAAACAUCAGUGCACAUGUAUUGAUGGCGCCGUGGGCUGCAUCCCUCUGUGUCCCCAAGAACUGUCUCUCCCCAACUUGGGCUGUCCCAACCCCCGGCUGGUCAAAGUUACCGGGCAGUGCUGCGAGGAGUGGGUCUGCGACGAGGACGCUGUCCAGGACCCCACGGAUGACCAGGACGGCCUGGUCGGCAAGGAGCUGGCAUUCGACGCCUCCGAGGUGGAGCUGACGAGAAACAAUGAAUUAAUUGCCGUUGCAAAAGGCAGCUCGCUGAAGCGGCUUCCCGUUUUUGGGAUGGAGCCUCGCAUCCUAUACAACCCUUUGCAUGGCCAGAAGUGUAUCGUUCAAACAACGUCCUGGUCCCAGUGCUCAAAGACAUGUGGCACUGGCAUCUCCACGCGAGUCACCAACGACAACCCCGAAUGCCGCCUGGUGAAAGAAACCCGAAUUUGUGAGGUGCGGCCUUGUGGACAGUCUGCCUACAGCAGCCUGAAAAAAGGUAAGAAAUGCAGCAAGACCAAGAAAUCUCCGGAGCCAGUGAGGUUUGCUUACGCCGGGUGUUCGAGCGUGAAGAAAUACCGGCCCAAAUACUGCGGCUCCUGCGUGGACGGUCGCUGCUGCACGCCCCAGCAGACCAGGACGGUGAAGAUGCGGUUCCGCUGCGAGGACGGGGAGACGUUUUCCAAGAACGUCAUGAUGAUCCAGUCCUGCAAAUGCAAUUACAACUGCCCGCAUGCCAACGAGGCGGCGUUCCCCUUCUACAGGCUGUUCAAUGACAUUCACAAAUUUAGGGACUAAACGCUCCCUGGCUUUCCAGCUCGCGGGUAGACACACGAGGGAGAGAAGCGUGUCAGAAUCAGAAUCACGGAGACUUGGGUGGGGGCGGUGUGGGUGAAGGGACUCAUGGUAGGAGGGAUGCCCUGCUCAUUCUUGAGUAGGAUUCAGGGCUUUCGAAACUGCCAAGGGUGCUGGUGCAGACGGACACUCAUGCAGCCGCCACGGGAGAAUACUUCGCUUCAUAGUAUUGGAGCACAUGUUACUGCUUCAUUUUGGAGCUUGUGGUGUUGAUGACGUUCUGUUUUCUGUUUGUAAAUUAUUUGCUAAGCGUAUUUUUUUCUCCAGGCUUUUUUCCUUUCGGUUCUAUCAUUGUAAGAGAUAAUGAGAUUAGUCGGACAGUUAAAGCCUUCCUUCCUCCUUUGGUCCUUGGACAGAAGUGGGAGGGCAUUCCAUCCCUUCCUGAAGGGGACACUCUAUGAGUGUCCGUGAGAGGCAGCUAUCUGCACCCUAAGAUGCAAACAGAAAUCAGGUGUUUUAAGACUGAAUGUUUUUAUUUAUCAAAAUGUAGCUUUUGGGGAGGGAGGGGAAAUGUAAUACUGGAAUAAUUUGUAAAUGAUUUUAAUUUUAUAUUCAGUGAAAAGAAUUUAUUUAUGGAAAUAAUCAUUUAAUAAAGAAAUAUUUACCUAAUA